AUGCAGAGAGGAAGGGCGACAGAGCCUGAUGAGAUUCUGGUGGAUUUUUGGAAGUUUGAAGGUAGGACAGGUUUAAUGUGGUUGGCUGAUUUGUUGAACAACAUUUUCAAGACGGCGAGAAUGCCUGAGGCUUGGAGGUGGAGUACGAGGAUUCCAUUGUAUAAAAACAAGGGCAACAUUCAGAGUUGCAGCAACUAUAGAGGUACAAUUGAAAUGGAAUCAAAAGGUACCACAUCCCAACCUUUAGGAAAUGAUGCUUUAGGAGCCUUGAUGGCUAGGCUUGAGGCUUUUUCCCGAGAUAUGAAGAGUGAUCAUGAUGCCUUGAGGAAUGAUAGGUACUAG